UUGUUAGCUCGCCAGUGUUUAAUAACACCGCCAUAGUCGCCGCACGUGGAGGGCACACAUUUUUUAAAAACAUUUCUUUUGCCAGCAAAACGUGUGCUAAUCUAACUUAAACAUGGGACGUAAAGCGGAAUAUGGUGAAAAACCAAAGAAGGGACCCGGCCGUAAGGCGAGAAAACAGGGGGCGCCAACAUUUCCCAAGAAAACGUUUGCGCCGAUGGAGGAUGAGGACAAGAAAUUAACACAUCGACAGAAGCAGCGAGUGGUAAAGCGGGAGCAAAAGAAAGUGGUGCAAAAGGCAAAACUAAAGGAGAAGCGUGCACAGCAGCCGCAACAACGUAAGCAAAAGAAAUACAACAGCGACAGCGAGCCAGAGGAGGAGGAGGAAUUGGUGAAGCAACAGGCGGAAUCAUCAGAGGAAGAAGUGCCACAAUUGGUGCCAAUCAAACAAAAGAAACAAAAGUCAAAUGGCUACACAGAUGAAAAUAAAGAUUGGCUAAAGCUGAAGUCGAAGAAACAACAACAGAAAAAGAAGCCAGACUCGGAUGAGGAGGAAGUAGAUGAAGAAGAGGAAGAGGAGUCUGAAAAUGAACUAGAAGCAAGCGAGGAAGAUGAAGAGGAAGACGGAGAGGAGAUGGAAGAAGAAGAUGAGGAUGAGGAUGAUGCACAAGUUGGUAAAUUGGAUGAUCUGUUCGACGAUGAUGAAGCAGCUUCCGAUGAUGACAGUGAAAAUGAAGAUGAUGAUGAAGAUGACAGUGAUGAUGAUGAUGAUGAUGAUGACGAUGAGGACGAUGAUAAGCUGCCCAUUGAGCGCGCCAACAAGAAACUAAAGAAACGUCUGGCCAAGGAAGCCAAAUUGGCCGAUGAAGAGAUGCAAAUGACCGUCGAUCAGUCGGAAAUCUUUCAAUUGCCUGAAGCCGGCAAAGAAAUUGAUGAGGAAAUGUCACUGCAAGAUGUGCAGCAGCGUAUCAAGGACAUCACACAGGUGCUCACCGACUUUGGCAAGUAUCGCCAGGAGGGACGCUCCCGCAGUGAAUAUGUGGAUCAACUGCGUCGAGAUCUGUGUCUCUACUACAGCUACAACGAGUUUCUAAUGGAAAAAUUGAUGGACAUAUUCAAACUGAGUGAUCUGCUGGAAUAUCUGGAGGCAUCCGAGGUUGCACGUCCUCUGACCAUACGCACGAAUUCACUGAAGACGCGUCGUCGUGAUCUGGCUGGCGCUUUGAUCAAUCGUGGCGUCAAUCUGGAUCCCUUGGGCAAGUGGACCAAUGUGGGUCUGGUUAUAUUCAACUCGACGGUGCCACUGGGCGCCACGCCGGAGUAUCUGGCUGGACAUUAUAUGAUACAGGGUGCAUCCUCAAUGCUGCCAGUGAUUGCACUGGCUCCGCAGGAGAACGAACGUGUGCUGGACAUGUGCUCCGCUCCGGGUGGCAAGGGUUCUCACAUUGCGGCCGUGAUGAAGAAUACGGGUGUGCUGUUCGCCAACGAUGCGAAUAAGGAUCGCAUCAAGGCGGUGGUGGCCAACUUUCAUCGCCUGGGCAUUGUGAAUGCUGUGGUCAGUUGCGAGGAUGCCACCAAGUUCCGCAAUAUAAUGACCGGUUUUGAUCGUGUGCUCCUCGAUGCACCCUGCACGGGCACCGGUGUUGUCUCCAAGGAUCCCAGUGUCAAGACGACCAAAUCAGAGAUCGAUGUGCAACGUUGUUACAAUUUGCAGCGUAAGCUUCUGCUGACGGCAAUUGAUUGUGUGGACGCGAAAUCCUCAACUGGUGGUUAUAUUGUCUAUUCGACGUGCUCCGUGCUGCCCGAGGAGAACGAGUGGGUCAUUGAUUAUGCUCUGAAGAAGCGCAAUGUUAAGCUGGUGCCGCUGGGCAUUGAUUUUGGAGAGCCCGGUUUUACCAAGUUCCGUCAGCAUCGCUAUCAUCCCAGCUUGAAUCUGAGCAAGCGUUUCUAUCCGCACACGAACAACAUGGACGGCUUCUAUGUGGCCAAGCUGAAAAAGUUCUCCAACACCAUACCCAUAACCCAGGAAGAGCAGGAAGCGGAUGAGAAGCAAUUGAAUGAUGCCAUUGCAGCUAAUGAAACCGAGAAGAGCAAGAAAACAGGCAAUGAGGAGGAGGCGGAGGAAGAUGAGGAGGUAGGAAAGACAGGUGGACCACGUAAAGCGCUGGGCAAACGUGCGGGAAAACCCAAUCUUACUGAUGUGGAACAGGAUCUGAAGAAGAAGAAGCUCGAACUGAGCAAAACAAAAUAUGUAGCCAAUGUAUUUGAAAAGCCCAUCAAAGUGCCGAAGAAACCCAAGGCAGACAAGCCCACUCCGGACUCCCAAGAAGCCACAACAAACGGCAACAAAUCCGAGAAGCCAUCCAAGAAAGUGCAACCAACUGAGCCCAAGAAGAACGGACCAAGUGAAGGCAAAAGUAACAAACCCGAAAAACAAACGAAGAAAGUGCAACAAACUGAACCUAAAAAGAACGGACACAGUGAGAGCAAAAGUACGCCGCCUAAAUCACAAUCCCAACCGAAACCGAAACCGAAUCCCAAAUCGAAACCGGCAACAAAACUAACUGAGAAACUGUCCAAGGCGAAGCGUGUGGAUGUGGAUGAAGUGCCGCUGCUGGAGGGAAAACCCAUCAAAACGCAACACAAGCUCAAUAAAAAUAAGACCAAGAAAAUUGGUCAGCUGAAGAAAUCCAAACCACAAGCGGAUAAAAAGCAAAGGUUCAAGAAAUAAAUCCCCAUAAACUCCCAAUUAGUAUAUAGAAUUUUACUAAAUUCAAUUGUUGGACACGUUUCGGAGCUGAAAUUAAUUAAGCUAAGCAGAAAGUCUUUUAUAAUAAAUAAA